CGUAUGCGUAACAGAAGUUUCCUUGAAUCGCUCUCGUCAUUUGCAGCUGCGUUACGGACAAAAGUCACUUUUCCCUCAUUGCAACAACCCGUAUCAAAGAUACCCAUUCCAAUGCCUGCAGCAGAGAAGACUAAGAAGGUCGGAGGGAACUGGAAAGCGCUACAGAAGACAAUAGCACCCUCCAGAUCCUCGAAACCCUACGACAGGCUGAAAGUGAAGAAGACCCUUGCGACUGAAGCUGACAAGAAAGCCUCUCUGCUGGCGUUCGCAGAGGAUAAUGAUAUCUCACCUGAAGACCUUGCAAAAGCCUACGGCGCCGAAGCUGUCUCGAAAAAAUCAAAAGGGAGCACACUGACAUCCUCCAAAAACACCAAGAUCGGGAGAUAUGUCGCGAUUGAUUGUGAAAUGGUCGGUGUUGGCCCGGACGGAACACAAUCAACCCUUGCACGUGUAUCUGUCGUUAACUUCCACGGCAACGAAGUCCUUGAUCUAUUUGUCCUCCCAAAAGAAAAAGUCACGGAUUAUCGAACAUUCGUUUCCGGCAUCACCCCAGCAAUGCUAAAAGCCGAAAACGGUGCCCUUCCCUUUGAAUCCGUCCAACAACGUGUUGCCGACAUCCUCCAAGACCGCAUCCUCAUCGGGCACGCCGUCCACCAUGAUCUUGCUGCUCUUCUCCUCAAACACCCUCGCUCCAGAAUCCGAGAUACGUCGCUAUACCCGCUGUAUCGUCAACUGAGUAAAGGCAAGACGCCGUCGUUAAAAAGGUUGGCCAAGGAGUUGUUGGGGAUUGAGAUUCAGAAUGUGGAGAGUAAUGAUUCUGGACGAGGACACAGUUCCGUUGAGGAUGCCAAGGCGACGAUGAGCCUAUAUCGGAGGGAGAAGGAGGGGUUUGAGAAGGAGUUCGGGGGGUUGAAGGGAGCUAGGAAGGCAAAGGAGUAGAUGUUCGGGUUGGGAUUGGGACACUGGUGGGAUGGUGGGAUGAGAAAUACGUAUAUGGGUUUGUGCUCCACAUCCAAUCCGAGACCUGGCCCGGUCUAUCUCUGGAAUUACGCACAGAACUCAUCAUAUCGCUGACAGGAGAUAGCAUGGACGUGCGAAUAUUUAUGUAGUCGUGUGUUUUACCCAGAAAGAAU